CCGGGGCUCCGCAGCGCCGCCGCCAUCGCCGCCGCCGCCGCCGCCGCCCGCGCCGCGCGGGGCCUCUGCGCACCGGGGCCUCUGCGCACCGGGGCUGCCCGCGGCGCUGCCUGCGCGGGCCCGGGGCGCCCCGCGGGGCCGAGAUGCUGGGGGCCCCGCUGCUGCUGCUGGGCACCUCCUUGCUGGGCCUGGGACUGUUGGCUCUGCUGCUCAGCCUGCGACGCCAUGGCUGGCUCGUCAUCACCUGGAGUGAGUUUGUGUGGCAGCCCAUCUACAACCUGCUCACGGGCAGCAGCAAGGAGCAGCGCAUCCUCCACCACGUUCUGCAGCACGCGGUGGCAGGGGACCCACAGAGCGUGCUGGCGGCCAUCGACGCCUACUGCUACCAGAAGGAAUGGGCCAUGAACGUGGGCGACAAGAAAGGCCAGAUUAUGGACACAGUGGUGCAAGAGCAGUGCCCCUCCGUGGUGCUGGAGCUGGGGGCCUACUGUGGCUAUUCAGCCGUGCGUAUGGCCCGCCUGCUGCCCCCUGGCGCCCACCUGCUUACCGUCGAGCUCAACCCCGACUAUGCUGCCAUCACCCAGCAGAUGCUGCACUUCGCAGGCCUGCAAGAGAGGGUAACCGUCAUUGUUGGGGCAUCCCAGGACGUCAUCCCCCAGCUAAAGAAGAAGUACGACAUAGACACGCUAGACAUGGUCUUCCUUGACCACUGGAAGGACUGCUAUCUGCCGGACACGCUUCUCCUGGAGGAAUGUGGCCUGUUACGCAAGGGGACAGUGUUGCUGGCUGACAACGUCAUCUUCCCAGGAGCCCCGGAAUUCCUGGCACACGUGCGAGCGAGCAGCCACUUCGAGUGCACGAGCUUCACCUCGUCCUUGGAGUACUCACAGGUGGUGGACGGCCUGGAGAAGGCUGUCUAUGUGGGCCCAGGCAGGCCCUCGCCCAGCGUGAGCAGCUAGGGGGAAUGGGGUGUGCUCCUGCUAACCCCACUUUGGCAGCUCUGGGCCUCUCCUUAACGCAGCCCACUGGAGGCCUGUGGGGCCAACGCCUGCCGACACUGCUCCUCUGCACAGCAGCUCAGGUGGGACCGGCUCACUGUGCAAAAUCACUGCAGUGAGCCUGGAACAUACAUGUCCAUAAGUCAGGGCAGAUGGUACCCAUGCCAGUCAUUGACCCCAACAGAUCCCAAUAGGCUUUCUUAGGUGGGCAGGUUCUUGGACAUCGACAUGUUAGUAGACGCUGGAAAUGUGAGUAGCUGGGAACACCUGCAAGUUGUCGGAUGGUGCACACAGUCUGUCCUCAAGGUCUGGUGUCACCAGGUGGCGGCAGCGCCGAACGUGGCACUGUUACCAGCUCAUGCCACACUCCUGAUUCCUGAGUUCUUCCACCCUUUUUAAAGAAUGAAAUGCUGCUUUACUAAAAUCAGCUGUUAACCUUAUAUAUGAGUAUCACCUUUAAAAGAUACUAAAAUAAAAAUUAAAGGUCUAUUUAGAUUCA